AUGCUCCGCCGCCGAACGGGCAAGGACGAGGUCCCGCCCUCUAAGACAGCUAGCGGUACAAAACCCGAGAAAGAACAGCUUCAUGCGGAGUUCGUUGAUACAAAAGUCACGCAGCUUGUUAUCAAGCCCCGGAGUAAACGUCGCAAUGGGUUCAUCUUCAUGCUGGGCGGGAUCUUCGGCAUCUUUAUCGCCUUGUUCUUCGCAAACCAGCAGGAGGUCAUAAGCCUGGAUUCGCUCAUGGACCUGAAUCUCGACUCAUGGAUUGAGGCUAUUCCACAAGGAAUUGUGAGUGACGUGAAAGAAUUCUCGCAACACGAACGCGAUACCGUCAGUUAUGAUUCGUUUGCCGUUGGGCUACAACUUCGCGCCAUGGGUAUAGAAGCUAAACAUCCCGUCGUGAUGAUCCCCGGAGUCAUCUCGACUGGCUUAGAGAGCUGGGGCACGGGGGAAAGUUCGCGACAAUACUUCCGUCGACGAUUAUGGGGCAGCUGGAGCAUGAUGAGAGCUUUAGUCAUGGAUAAGGCUGAGUGGAAGAACCAUGUCAUGCUCGAUCGGGAUACCGGCCUCGACCCGCCUGGCAUUAAGCUCCGUGCGGCGCAAGGAUUCGAUGCCACGGAUUUCUUUAUCACAGGGUAUUGGAUAUGGAAUAAGAUCCUGGAGAAUCUGGCUACCAUUGGCUAUGACCCGACCAAUGCGUUCACGGCUGCGUACGACUGGCGACUCUCAUAUCUGAACCUCGAAGUUCGUGAUAAAUAUUUUACUCGACUCAAAUCCUAUAUCGAGACCGCGGUGCAGGUACAGGGUGAGAAGAUCACAUUGGCAUCGCACAGCAUGGGAUCUCAGGUGGUGUUGUAUUUCUUCAAGUGGGUGGAGAGCGAGGAACACGGAAAUGGCGGCAAAGACUGGGUUAACAAACAUAUCGACUCGUGGGUCAACAUCAGCGGUUGCAUGCUGGGCGCCGUCAAGGGAUUGACUGCCGUUCUGUCCGGAGAAAUGCGGGAUACAGCGCAACUGAACGCUUUUGCCGUGUAUGGAUUGGAGAAAUUCCUAUCGAAAGGGGAGCGCGCGGAGAUCUUUCGCGCGAUGCCCGGUAUCUCCAGCAUGCUACCAAAGGGUGGAGAGGCCGUAUGGGGAAACUCGACCUGGGCACCGGAUGACCAACCAGGUCAGCAAUUGACCUUUGGCAACCUGCUCCGCUUCCACGAGACCAACUCAUCCUUGACCCAACACAAUCUCACUACGCCAGAGAGUCUUCAGUACCUCAUGGACCAGAGCGAGGAUUGGUACCGGAACCAGGUUCUGAAUAGCUACUCUCACGGUGUCGCGCACACAAAACGCGAGGUCGAAGCCAACGAGAAGGACCCGCGCACCUGGCUCAACCCUCUGGAGUCGCGCCUGCCCCUCGCCCCAGACAUGAAGAUAUAUUGCUUCUAUGGCGUGGGCAAACCCACAGAGCGCAGCUACUUCUACCAGGAAGAGCCCGACCCACUGGUCAACCUCAAGGUCAGCAUGGACACCACCAUCACGAACAACGAGGGCGUCGACCACGGCGUUUUAAUGGGCGAGGGCGACGGCACCGUGAACCUGCUCAGCACGGGCUACAUGUGCGCCAAAGGCUGGCGCAUGAAGCGUUAUAACCCAGCUGGCACAAAGAUCAAGGUCUUUGAGAUGCCCCAUGAGCCUGAUCGCUUCUCGCCCCGUGGUGGUCCCAACACUGGUGACCAUGUGGAUAUACUAGGCCGUGCCUCACUCAAUGACCUUCUUCUUCGUGUCGCUGGCGGCAAAGGCGAUUUAAUCGAAGAGACCUUUGUUUCCAAAAUCCGCGAGUAUGCGGAUCGUGUACAAAUCUUUGACGAAGAAUAG